CUCCUCCUGCUGCUGCUCCUGCCCGCCCCGGCCCUGUCCCGCGGCUCCUGUGUUUUCCGGGGUCAAGCCGUCCCUGCCCGGGGCGGCCGGUAGCCCGGGCCCUCCUGUUUAGAAAACCAGGAGGAUGAAGAGCGAGGGGAGCGUCGAGCUUGACGCCGCUUUUAACGUGUACCGCUGCCACGCGUGGCCUUUCUCGUAAGCUCGGGGCUGCAAGCGUGUCUGCGAGGCAGCGCUGCAGCCUGCAAUGACAGAUCCCCACAGACGUUCAUCCCCGGGGUGGGAAGAGGGUCGUGCUUAGCCUCCGAGGCCUUUCGCGGAGAAUGCAGAAGGCACGGCCAUGGAAAAGAAACCGCACUUCCUUAGGAGGGAGUUUCCUCCCAGGGAGGUGUCAUCCGUCUCGUUGGCGUUACUGCUUGCGGCCGUCCUGCUCCUGAAUGCCCUUCUCUACCUGAACCUCAACAAGUUUUACACCUCUUCGGGACAUGCCGAAACGGACCCCAGCCUCUGCGCUUUCGGGUACUUCAGAUUGGGAGCGGUGAAGAAUUGUUCCCCGUGGCUCUCCUGCGAAGCCAUAAAUAGGGAAGUCAGGAAACUCAAGCGUGUUGGUGAAGGCGCUGUGAAAAAGGUCUUCCUUUCUGAGUGGAAGGAAAACAAAGUGGUCCUUUCACAGCUCACCAACUCAGAGCUGAAGGAGGACUUUCUCCACGGACUGAAGAUGCUGAAAGCACUUCAGAGCAAGCACGUUGUCCGGCUGCUUGGCUACUGUGAGCAGCAGUUCACAAUCCUCACUGAGUACCAUCCUCUAGGCUCCCUGAGGGGCCUGAAUGAAACUCUCCACAUUCCAAAGUACAAGGGCAUGAACACCUGGCAUCGCAGGUUGAUGCUUGCUAUAGACUAUGUGAGCAUCAUUCGGUACCUGCACAGCAGCCCUCUGGGCACCUUAGUGAUGUGCGACUCGAAUGACCUGGACAAGGUGCUCUCUCAGUAUCUCCUAACAAGUGACUUUCACAUCCUGGUGAAUGAUCUGGACGCUUUGCCUCUUGUGAGCAGGAGUGCCGGCAGGCUGGUGAAGUGUGGUCAUCGGGAGCUCCGAGGCGAGUUUGUAGCUCCUGAGCAGCGUUGGCCUUAUGGAGAAGAGGUGCCAUUCGAGGAUGACCUCAUGCCUCCCUAUGACGAGAAGACAGACAUCUGGAAAAUCCCAGAUGUCUCCAAUUUUUUGUUGGGCCACGUUGAAGGAAGUGACAUUGUGCGACUGCAUUUGUUUGACAUCCAUGCAGCAUGUAAGAAGAAGGACCCGGCUGAAAGGCCUUCUGCCCAAGAGGUCUUAGACACCUACAGGAAAGUUUUAACUCUGCUUAUUCGGGAGGCAGCCAUGCCUGGUACUAGGGAAAUGUUAUAGUGCAUCAUGAGACAAACAACAUACUGAAGUUGAUGUCCUUCCUAUUUAUUUAGCUUGCCUGAAGGGCAAAAUCUCUGUCCCCAAAACUGAGAAGAAAAUAACAACUGAACUUGUACCUUUUGAUUUAAAAAAAAUAAAAUUCACCCAAUGCUGGAGCUGUGCAAGCUUCCCAUUGGCAUGUUUAAUCUAUCAUUGGAAGAGGAGGAGGGAGAGAAAUGAAGUUAUGUAGAUGUGGGAAGAAAUUUGUUCCUUAAGAAAUAAUAAAUUUUCUUUUGCAACAUUUGCACAAAAACUCUCUUAAAAAAAAAUUCAGAAAAAAUGUUAAAAAAAAUAUUGGUUCACUUAGACUGAUUGGCAGAGGACUGGAGAGCAGAAACCAUGGCAUGUUCCCCACAAACUUUGUGCUGAUUCCUGUGGCUUUGGCCCAUGUCUUAUCCACAAAGCCCUCACCCACUUCCCCAUGGCAUAAAAGCAGUGGUCACUCAGAAAGGAGUACCCCAGUCCACUUCAGAUUUUGGUGAACCCCAAAGCCAGAGCCCCAACGGCAGUCUCUCCCUGCUGGAUGGGACAUAGUUGUUUUGGAGCUGUAUGGCCAUUGCUCUGUGGGCCCCAUAUCCCACACCAGCAAGCAUGUGGCCACUUUGUAAGCAAGCAGAUGAUGCAGAUCCCAAAGAGACUGCUUACAGACACGUGCUCUUGGUUUUCAAGCCUUUGCUGUGUGGUAUUCUCAGAUGGACUCUUUGGAGAUGAAGCUGUAAAACAGGAGUCUCCUGCUCUUUUUUUAAUCCACAGAAAUCCUGAGCACUUUGGAAGAGAGCUGAAGCAUGUCUUUUUCAUUCACUUACCCUUGCCGAGUGUCAUCAUGACUCGAUGGAAGGGGGGAGAACCAUGAACUGAAAGAGAAUGUUACUUCCUUCCACAGCAAUGAGCAUUAAACUUGAGCUUUGGAAAAUAAAAGCCCUAUAUCCAGAGCAUACAACUCAAUUGGGUCUGAAUUCAAAGUCCACUAAGCAUAAAGAAAGGCUGCAUUUUUGUCCAGUGUGUUUAGGAGGAAGCUUUUGGUACCUACAUGGAUGUUACAGCCUGGUACUAACAGCUGGAGAGGAAGAAUAAUGAUGCCUUAAUCCAGCAGUAAGCUCUGUUUGGUGGGAUUGGAACGUACUUGUUCUCUUGGUGAAAAAACAGGAAUAGUAUGAAUGAGACACAUGGACUCUACCAUUACGCACCUGAGGACUUUCUGUUCUGUGGACUAGGUCUUUGAAAGACCUCAAGGCCUGAGACAACUUUCAUGUUUUGACUUGAGAGGUGAUUUGCAAGUAGAGAAUUACAUGGUCCUUUCUGCUGAAGAGUUUGGUUCUGUUCUUUGCUGUGAUGAUCUUCCUCUUCACCUAAACAAGCUGUGUUAUGACCGCACUAAGAACAUGCAGUCAGUUUGUAUACAUAAUGUUCAAACACAUGUGUGUUCUAUUGCUACCAAAAUUUUAUUUUAAAUGGGAAAACUUUCCUGCAAAUGACUAAAUUCUUACCUGAUUUCAUACAAUGCCAGCAGGAGCCCUUUAAAGGCUGCUCAUUAUGGCUUUCCUUUCCUUCUGGGCAGUCUGUUUUCUUAAAUUAGCUGAUUUUUGCCAUUUUUCACUUGUGCAGUCCUUCCUGGCAGCUUUCCUGCUCAGAUUAUCAGGAAGCAAAGGUCAGAAGUCACGGUUUUCUUCAAAAGGGAACAAUGAUUUUGGAUGCUUUGUGUUUGUUUUGGACUUUGACUCAAAACACCUUAAAGAAGCCUGGGGAAAAAGAAUGCUCUCUCUGUUGUAAUUGCAUCAUCCAGCUCAUGAACUCUUGAGUUGUUAUUAUUAUGGUUAGAGUUCUACAGUUCCAGCAUGAAUCCAGGAUGUGCAACAGUUGGAAAAGCAUCCUGUUACAGCUCCUCAAAGCCAGGGAUCAAGCUUUGAAGGGCCAAGAGUCAAAUCUUUUUUAAGUCCCCCCAGCAAUAACUUGUUAAUUCUUGUUAGCCAUCAUGCAUAAUUGAAAGAAAAAUCAGCAUCUGAUGGCUGUGAAGUAAACAUACCAUGCAUUUUUUAUGGGAGUAGCAAGGACAGACAAGAAGAACCUGCCAAGCUUCUUAUGCUGGUCUUUCUUGGUUAAGACAAGCUUCUGCUUGGAUUCUUGCUCUGUUGUGUACUGUUGUACCUUGCAAACAGCCAUAUUAAUUUCACAGAGUGAAAAACAAAUGAGGACAAAUUCUGGUU